AUGUGUCCCAAAACCCCCCACGGCGACUGUCCUCAAGAGGAAACAGCCUGCCAUAUACUCCCCUCAAUCACCAGCAAGCGCGUCCUGAUAACAGGCUGCGCCUCCGGAAUCGGCAAAGCAACCGCCGAAGUCUUCGCCGCACACGGCGUGCACAUGGUGAUAUGUGACAUACAAGACGACAUCGGCCAAAGCGUGGCGUCUGAAAUCUCCGCUCAAAACCCCAACUCCAAAAUCAAGUACCAAAACCUCGACGUAACAGUCGGAUCCGAGUGCAAUGCCGUCGUGGAAGCUGCAGUCCGGUUCCUCGGUGGACUAGACAGUUUAGUCCAUGCAGCGGGCCACAUCCACCAAGAUGCAGCAGAAACCAUCGCCGAGAGCGAGCUGGACCACAUGCUGGAUGUUAAUAUCAAAGGAACGAUCUUCAUGAACCAGGCCGUCUUUCCCUAUCUCAAGACUCGGGGCGGCACGAUCCUGAACUUCGGCUCUGAUCUUGCGUCCGAGCCGCUGCCGCUUCUGGCUCACUAUGCUGCUUCGAAGGGUGCCGUGCAGAGCUUUACGAGGGCUGUUGCGCGUGAAUGGGGCAAGUAUGGGAUUCGUGUUAAUGCGGUUCUACCGGCUGUUUGGACACCCAUGAUUGAUGGCUAUCGUGAGAAUCUUGAGGCGGAGAGUGUUGUCGGUCAUGAUGUUUUCAUGAAUGAUCGGGUUUGUCUUGGGGAGAAGUUUGGGGAUGUGGAGAUUGACUUGGUUCCUGUUCUUGCGUUUUUGGUUUCGGAUGCUUCGCGCUGGAUCACGGGUCAGUUGGUGCCUGUUAAUGGUGGACUUUCGCUGGUACGUUAG